AUGGCGCGGACCAUCGCCGCCCUUCUGGCGCCAUCGUCAAUAGUUGCCGUGCUCGCUUUAAUCGGCACGAUCCUCCCUGCCGCGACACAGGCAGCGCAUGUGCAAUGGAUACGCUGUCCCGAUGGAAGUGGAGGCACGCAGGGGUUUGACGACCUCUGGCCGACAUCGACUACAGCGCGCCUCCUCCCUGAUCAAGACUCCGCCGGGGCAUCCGGAUUCGAGUUUAACGUCAGGGCCGAUUACGCGGGCGAGGCGACUUGUGCGGAGCUGCUGCAAGGUGACCCGCCAGAUAUGACUAUCAGUUUUGACGCCCUGACCUUGUCGGAGACAUAUGUCGUCCCUCCGUUGAACUGGACAUGCGUGCCAUUUUGGGACAGGCCUGCUGUCGAACAACAACAUCUAAAGAACCGGCAACCCGAAAUACGUCUAGUCGCGCAACACAAUCUCGGCAAACUUGGGUUGCUACCGGCAUUUUCGGUGCAGUUCAUCUUUUUUCUGGGCGCCCUCACACUCCGGUACCCCGGAUUCUACCAACCUGUCACGAGCCUGCUUCACUGGUCCGCACUGUUCAGCCCCAUCGGGCCGUUCGGUCAGGAGUGGAGGUAUGACGGAGUGGUAGACGGCAUUUAUGAGAUCAACGGUACACUCACAGGGUCGUACGGACUGGAACUGAUGUCGCAAAUCACGGGCGGGCCGGUGACUACGGACGUUUGGUGGAACAUGGUCGCCAUCGCAGCUAUCAUCACCGCUGUGGUUGCGGUGCUCCUGCUCUUUCACAGAGUCCUCUCACAGCAUGUUCCAUCACUCGAUUGGUUGGCAAUAGACAAAGACCUAGGCGGCGAGGGUCCAACAUCCGGCUCGGCCUUCGCCCGCGGGAUCUGGAGCGUGUUGCGGGUGAUUCUCAGCUACUUCCUAACCCCGAUCGUCGCCAUCUCGGCCUACCAGCUCGACAACAUUCUCUUGCCGGCGUACCACCUCGCCCUCGCUACGUUACUCAUUGUGCUAGUAAUCGUCGGCUUGACAUGGAUGUGGAAAAGCGCACCCUCGAACCAGCUAGGGGUCCUGCUUCUAGACCCCUCAAAACGGUAUCGCCGAGUCAGCACGGAUGACUCGGGUAGUGAUACCGAGUCGGAACGGCCGGCCAAGGCCAGGGACCUUUUUGCGGCCAUUUUCUUCUUGCUGGCCUUCAUCCGCGGGAUCACUGUUGGUGGGCUCCAGUUCUCACCACUCGCGCAGGUUAUCAUCCUGGCCGCAACUGAGCUGUCCCUGCUCGUCACCACUGCGGUUCUCCGGCCCAUGAGGUGGCAAAUAUUGGCUGUUUUUGCGGGGUCGGGCGUCGCAAGACUUAUGGUCGUUGCCCUCACGGCUGUCUUUCUCCCGGAGCUGAAUGCAAGCAUGUCGACAAGGAGCCGAGUGGGAAUAGCGAUUCUCGUAAUCCACGUCGCCGUUUUGGUGUUUGCGUGCACAGUGCCGGCCGGGGUCCGUAUUUCCAGUCUCAUUAGCAACACCAGGGCUCCUGCUGAUGAACCAGAGAUAUACGGUCUAAGUCAGCUCAGGCGGCGAAGCUACGCCCUUAAUGAUCUCUCGGUUCCUCCCCUCCGGGCUCCGGUACCAGCAAGGCCCUACGCUUCAGCUAGGACAAACUCUCCUACUUGCCAUCACGGUCACAGCCCAAGCGACGCAAGCAGCGUCUUCUACCACGACCGUACCUCAUCCCCCGACGCGUUGUAUCUCCGAGCGGUGCCCCAACACCAUUACUUCCGCCAACCACGGUCCUCAUCAUCCACCAGCCGAAGCCGCUCGCACGGCUCCUCUAGAAUCGCCCAAGGUCCCCCAUCAAGCCCGAGAACAUCAGGCUCGCAAUGGUCCUCAUCCCAAGGAGGCAGCUCUCCCACCGCCGUCAGAUCCUCCUCCAUCCUCACACCAGCAAAAGCCCAGCGCUCCGAGACCUCCAACUCCGAGGGCACUAUGGAGGAUACCUCCGAACCGCCGCUUAUCACACCGCACCACGGGGCGGACUACGCGUUCCGCGAGGCCGACCUGUACUACGGCCACGGUCGCCCGCGACGCACGGGCACCUUUGGCCCUGCUGCUGCCGCCGCGGUUACGCCAACGCCGCAGAGCCAGCCCUCGGCCGUUCGCCGUGUCGUGUCGGGCAUGCGAGACCAGCUGAUGGGCCGCAGGUCGGCGUCGGUAGAGAGGCGGGGCGGGCAUAAGGGGUUUGAGGUGAGGAGGCCGCCGAGGCCGCCGGGUUUGUGA